CUGUCUACAAAUGACCGAGUCGCCAUUUUGAAAAACAAACUGUUCACAGCACACCCGCUCCGAGUACUGGAACUAUGCCGCGUGGUCGGCCUCGCAAACUGAGAGUUAAAAGCAACGACGAAACAGAUGUGGAUCCCAGCGAAUCAAAGGCAGGAAAUUUCAGUGAUGGUGAGCUCAAGGACAAGAAGUGCACAAUAUGCUGUCAGAUCUUUACCACAGAGAGCCAGCUGCAGAAGCAUCUCCGUGAGCAUGAGAUCAAUGAUAAGCCUCAUCGGUGUGAGCGGUGCCCACAGACGUUUAAUGUGGAGUUCAACCUCAUGCUUCACAAGUCCACACACACAACCUCUGACUUCACCUGCCCUGUUUGUAACAAAAAGUUCUCCCGCAUUGCCAGCCUCAAAUCCCAUAUCAUGCUGCAUGAGAAGGAGGAGAAUUUGAUCUGUGCAGAGUGUGGAGAUGAGUUUGUUCUUCAGAGCCAGCUGUCUCUGCACUUGGAGGAGCACCGUAAGGAGCUGUCGGGCAUCAAGGUCUUCACCUGUAAGACCUGUAACAAGGAGUUUAAGACAUCUGUACACCUCAAGGACCACAUGAAGAGUCACGUCAAGAUGAGGUCACUCACCUCAAGUUCCAGAAACUACAAGAAAAAUAUCGAUCGCAGUGGCUUCACAAACAGCUGCCAUCACUGUGGAAAGGCUUUCAAAAAGCCCAGCCAGCUUGUCAGACACAUACGAAUACACACAGGUGAAAGGCCCUACAAGUGCACCCAUUGUGGCAAGGCAUUCAACCAGAAGGUGGUGCUGCAGACUCACAUGGUGAGACACACUGGAGAGAAACCUCACCUCUGCAUGUUCUGCCCUGCGUCUUUCUCCCAGAAGGGGAAUCUGCACUCUCAUGUUCAGAGAGUUCAUUCUGAGACUAAAGGUGUACCACUGUUCCCAUGCAUGGACUGUAGCUGUGUAUUUAAGAAGCUGGGCAGUCUGAACGCUCACAUCAGUAAGAUGCACAUCUCUGUGAUUGAGGUUCCCUCUAACACUCCGGAGGCAGAGGUGACAGGCCAGGCUCCAGGAGGUUCAGAGGGUGGUGAGGGGGUGACGGAUGUCAUCCAGCAACUUCUAGAGCUGUCUGAACAGGUUAGCGGGGAGACAGCCCAACCCCCACCUCCAGAGCCAGCUAUUGCCAUGGAAGCUGCUAUCAACCAGGACAUCCUGCAGCAAGCUCUGGAGAACAGCGGCCUGAGUGUGGUCCAUCCACAGGGUGACUCCACACCCAGAGAGUCACAGAACCAGACUGCUGAGGGUGCAGCUGUAGAAAAGAAAGGACAAGUUCCAGACAAAUCGAUCAGGGAAAAGAAAAGGAGCAUUUUUAAAAAGCCUAUACAAAUGCCAGGCUCCAUCAGGGAGGAGAAUGGUGUUCGCUGGCAUGGCUGCCCAUACUGCUCCAAAGAGUUUAAGAAGCCCAGCGACCUUGUUCGCCAUAUCCGCAUCCACACCCAUGAGAAGCCUUUCAAGUGCAAACAGUGCUUCAGAGCUUUUGCUGUCAAGAGUACCCUGACAGCACAUAUGAAAACGCACACGGGUAUCAAGGCCUUUGAGUGUCAGUGCUGUCUGAAGUGCUUUUCCACCUCUGGCAGCAUGAAGGUACACAUGCGGCUGCACACAGGUGUACGCCCUUUUCCCUGCCCUCACUGUGACAAGAUCUUUCGUACAUCAGGCCACAGGAAAACACACAUUGCUUCUCACUUCAAAAGCUUGCAGCAGAAGAAACACAAAUUUCCACGGAAAACCAACAAAGCCAAAGUGUCAAAGAGUAACCUACCUCUGCCUGAUAUCCCCCUGCAGGAACCCAUCCUCAUCACUGACUUUGGCCUCAUCCCAUCCCAGAAUCCUCGCCUGGCUUUCCAGCAGUACCUGGAGGUGGUGAGCAAUGACCGGCCUUAUAAAUGCCAGUUCUGCAGUAAGGCCUAUAAGAAAUCAAGCCACCUGAAACAGCAUGUCAGGUCUCAUACAGGAGAAAGGCCCUACAAGUGUGUGCAGUGCAGCCGGGGUUUUGCCUCCUCUGGAGUGCUCAAAGCUCACAUCAGGACGCAUUCAGGCCUAAAGGCGUACAAAUGCCUGAUGUGUGACACAACGUUUACCACCAGUGGCAGCCUGCGACGUCACAUGACCACGCACAGUGACCUGCGACCUUACAUGUGUCCUUACUGUCAGAAGACCUUCAAGUCUUCGCCCAACUGCAGGAAGCACAUGAAGACACAUAGGUAUGAACUGGCUCAGCAGCUACAGCCCCAGGCAACAGAAGACCCCUUAGGAGCGAGCACUGUGGCCCAUGAAAUGCAGGUAGAAAUAGAGGCAGACUCCCUCCAGCAAACAUCUGCCACCUCAGCAGAGCAGCAAAGCAUGCUGGGACUGGGCCAGACAGAAGUUGUGAAUGGAGGUCAACAAGUGACACUGGAGACACCCCUGACUGACCAACCACUAGUUCAAGGAGAAGACUCAUAUGUGACUACCCAACAUGCUUUACCUCAGAAUAUUAGUCAGUUUGAGACACCAGCACUCCCUCAGCCUGGCUUUGACCAACAAGCUCUAACGCAAGGCUUCACCAUCACUGAAUCAAGCUACAAUCAAUCCCAGUUCUCAACUGUCCAGCAGCUGCAGGAUUCAAGCACCUUGGAGUCUCAGGCCCUGUCCUCCAGCUAUCACCCUCCGAAUCUGCUCCAUGUUCCCGGUGCUGAAGUGACGAACGGGCUCCUUCAGCAGAGCAGUCAGAGUGAGCUUCAGAUGACUGCUGAGACACAGGACUACCAGGAUGACAGUGAGGACAACACCAAGAGAGCCUAUAGGUGCAGUUGGUGUAAUAAGGGCUUUAAAAAGUCAAGUCAUCUGAAGCAGCAUGUGCGCUCCCACACUGGGGAGAAACCAUAUAGAUGUCAUCUCUGUGGACGAGCCUUUGUAUCAGCCGGAGUGCUGAAGUCCCACCUCAACACACAUACCGGAGUGAAGCCCUUUAAGUGUAACAUUUGUGAUGCCUCAUUCACCACUAAUGGCAGCCUGAACCGCCACAUGAUUAUUCACAUCAAGUCUUUCAAAUGCUCCAUGUGUGACGAGAGCUUCAGGACCAGCCUGCUGUGUAAAAAGCAUAUGAAGAAGGAGCACGCUGUGGAGGAUCAAAUUAUAGGUCUGGAUAGUCAAGAUGUUGAGGAAGAAGAGGAGGAAGAGGAAGGCGAGCAAAAGUCAUCAAAGAGGAGGGGUUUGGAGAUAAUCACUUUCACUGAAGAACAGGCAGCCGAGCUGGCAAAGGAUCCUGGUGAGGAGGCCUCAGUGUCAGAGCGGAUCCUCGCCCAGUCAGCGGCUGAGCGGGAUCGAAUCAGCGAGAUCAAGGACAAGGCCGUGGAGCUGGAAACGGAGCCUAAGUUUGCAAACUGCUGCAAUUACUGCCCCAAGAGCUUCAAGAAACCCAGUGACCUCAUCAGGCAUAUUCGGAUCCAUACAGGAGAAAAACCGUACAAGUGUGAUGAAUGUGGGAAAAGUUUCACAGUGAAAUCUACUCUGGACUGCCAUGUGAAGACACACACAGGUCAGAAACUGUUCAGCUGUCAUAUGUGCAACACCUCCUUUUCAACAAAGGGCAGCUUAAAGGUACACAUGCGCCUCCACACCGGCUCCAAGCCCUUCAAAUGUCCCUUCUGUGAACUCCGCUUUAGAACGUCAGGCCAUCGCAAAACCCACAUCCAAUUCCACUUCCGGCAGAGCAGCGACAGCCGCAAGGCCAAGCGGUCUGCUUCAUCUGCAGGUCAGGCUCUUCAGUGUCAGGACACAGGGACUGGACAGGCUGUGGCAACAGGCCAGGGCCAGCAGCCAGCUGCUUCAGAGGUGCUUCAGCCUGUGGGUCUGCUAAAAACACCUAACUCUGACCCCAAUAUUUACCUCCCAGCCAACCAAGUCCUGACAGGGCAGUUUGACCAAAAUCUACUGCAAUCAGGACUGGUGGGACAGGCCAUCCUACCGGCCUCCAUGUCAGCUGCUGGAGACCUGACUGUCUCUCUUCCUGAUGGCCUGACUACACUGGAUGGCAUUCACCUGCAGCUGACACCUGCCAACCUGGUGUGCCCCAAUGUCCAGAUUUCUGGCAUCGAUACAAGCAACAUCAAUAACAUCACACUACAGAUUGACCAUACCCUCCUACAGCAGACCUUACAGCAGGGUGGUCUCCUCUCUCAGCCCCUGAGCAUUGACGCUGGCCUCAUCUCCCACUCUGGCAGCCAGCUGACAUCUACCACGGACUCCCCAGUGUCUGCCAAUGUUGUCAUCCACCCACUGACCAGCCUGGCCCUGCAGCCCUCUACCAUUACACCUGCUCAGGUCACAAUGGCCGGCCUGCCUGAGCAGGACGGAUCUGGUACUCAGGACCUGAGCCACGUCAUGAGCAGCUCUGGGCUGGUAGCUGGAGGCAACAGUGGUCAGGAAAUCACAUUGACCAUCAACAAUUCCAGCUUGACACAAGCCCUAGCCCAGGUACAGGCCCAGGCCACUGCGGCUGGUUCCAGCACCGCAGCAGGAAACCCUCAGGAGAUCACACUCACCAUAUCAGGCCAGAAUCUGCUUCCACAACAUAGCAACCCUAAUGGUGUCGAGAUGAACAGCAGCAUCAGGCUGCCAUCGCCACUCAACAGCCAGCCCACCAGUGCAGCCCUGACUAUCACCAAUGACCAACUCCUACCUCAGAGCCCCGCCAACACUGGAAUGGCAGUAACUAGCCUACCACCGAGCACCACCCUGUCACAUACUGCUGCAUCCCAGAGUCUAGUGAUGUCACCAGGAGGCGUGGCCAGCGAUGGCAGCGUUACACUGACCCUGACAGAUGCACAGGGGAUGCUGGAUGGUGUCACUCUAAACCUUAAUACACAGGGUCAGACAUUUCCUGCAGUGUUGAAUGAAUCUGGUCUGCCAGAACAGCCACCCAGCUCAGGCCAGCAGGUCAUACUGGUCAGCCACCAUUCGCAGUCCACAAAUGGAGCAUCUGACAAUGGAUAUAAUAUUUCUGAGGAUGGCCAUAAGGGUGGGAAGGACGCCCAGACAGAGGCUGAUAACCGGAACCAGUGUUACUACUGUAAUCAGGUGUGCCAAAAUGCCAACACACUGCGAAGGCACUGCAGGCAAGCUCAUGGCAAGGACCGCUGUCAUGUUUGCAGUCUGUGUAACAAGGCCUUCAAACGAGCUACACACCUGAAGGAACAUGAGCGCGUGCACCAGCCAGGCCCGUCACCCAGCUCCCAGAAACCCAGAGUCUUCAGCUGCUCCUCCUGUGUGAAGGCCUUUGCCAAGCGCAGCCAACUGGAGAGACACAACCGAACACACACAGGUGAGCGUCCCUUCAAGUGCAGCCAGUGUGAAAAGGCCUUUAACCAGAAGAGUGCUCUGCAGGUCCACAUGGUCAAACACACUGGGAAGAAGCCCUUCAAGUGUGAGGUGUGCAGCAUCAGGUUCACCCAGAAGAGCAACAUGAAGCACCACAUGAAGAGAUCCCACGGCUAUGGCCAGAUCCAAGAAGUGGCUCUGGGCCAAGAAGAAACAGGAACUCAAGUGGAGGUAACACCUGAACUUGACCUGGAAGUGGUUCCUGAAUCAUCUGGAGACUGGCACAGUGUCUUCCCCUGACACACGGGUGUCAAGAGUCAAACAGCUCUGUUCAGAGUUGUGAGCACUGACUGAGUUUUACAGCGAAACAGCAAAGCUUUGCCAAACAUAUUCCUCUUCUAUUUGGUUAGAAAGAGAUUUAAGGUGUAAUACAUUUGCUCCACUGGAGAGCGAGGGCUUUCUCCCUAGUAGCAGCCCCAUGCAGUUUAACUACAUUAGCAGAGUCGAGGUCUCUCUGAUUGGUUUAAUGACUUCUCUCUGUUUUGCUACUGACCGAUUGUCAUCAAUGUGAUAACCUCCAGAGAGGUCUGGCUCAAUAAACCCAGGCACCCAGAAAGUUCUCCAGUGAGAAUGCAGGUCCCUCAGUGCUGACCAUGUUGGAAAGAGGGGAAACUACUCUGUGAAGAAGCUCCCCGGACACCAGUGUCUUGUCUCCUCAUUACUGGUCUGCUCACAUGGAUGUACAGUACGUGGAGCUGUACUGUUAAUAGAAACCUUUUCCCCCACUGGCUUAUAAGACGUCUGUCACCUUUUUGUUUGUUUUUUUUACAUACUUAUACUGUACUUAUUUGUUCCUGACAUGAAAUGUCAUAUGCAGGUUAUGUUUGUUUUGGUUUGUUAAGAUUAGCAGUGGGCUGUGAGGACACCGUUUUGGAUUUGAAGCUCUUUGAGCUUUCUGACUGACAAUGUCAGCAUUAUGUGUUUCCAGUCAUAUCAUUUAGCACACCCAUUUUGUUAAUCCUGUAAAUAGUGUGGUUAGAUAUUUUCUGACCUAUGACAGCAUGGAUUGGAUAGAAAUGUGGGUAUAAUGUUGCAUUUGUUAUGAAGCAAAGCCAGUAUACAGAUGAUAAGCUGUUUUUUUUUUCAUCCUUUUUUAGUUGCAUUUUCUAUUGUCCAGAAUAAAUUAAGAAGAUUAAU